AGCCAUGCGUACGCAAUCUCCUCGGAGAACGAAAACUGUAAAACCUUUAUUUCAAUCUCAAAGAAGAAGAAAGGGGACAAGAUGGGGUGCACAGGGUGCUUAACCCACUUGCAUUUAAAAUGGAUUCAACAGAGAGAGACCAGAACCACCUCAUCCUGCAGUAGAGCGACCUCCAUUACUGCAACUCUUGGGGUGGUGCCCAAGCUCUUCCCCCAAUGGCCAGAGACUGGUUUAGCUGCACCCAGAUGUGUUCGAAGGGGUCUGCUUUGUCGUGCUUUAGAAGACGACCGAAAAGAUGGGAGUAUCGGUGGCAUUGGUUCGGCUCUUGAGGAAAGGCCUGGUGUGCCUGAUAGAUCGCAAGCAGAAAUUCCAGAAAGUGCAGAACAAGAAAAUGGAGAAAGUUCUUUGUAUAAUUGGCUUUAUCCCAGCAAAGAACUCCUUCCAGAUGACCAAGAGAUGAGUAUAUUUGAUCACUUGGAGGAGCUGCGGCAGAGAAUAUUUGUUUCCGUUUUAGCAGUCGGAGCAGCUAUCUUGGGCUGCUUUGCAUUUUCUAAAGAGUUGAUAAUGAUACUUGAGGCUCCUGUUAGCUCUCAAGGUGUUCGAUUUCUCCAAUUAUCUCCAGGGGAGUUCUUCUUCACAACACUGAAGGUAUCUGGUUACUGUGGGCUCCUUCUUGGUAGUCCAGUCAUCCUCUAUGAGGUCAUUGCCUUUGUUCUCCCUGGCUUGACGAGGGAUGAGCGGAGGUUCUUGGGACCCAUUGUCUUUGGCUCUUCAGUGCUUUUCUAUGCUGGAAUAGUCUUCUCUUACAUAGUUCUCACUCCAGCUGCUUUGACUUUCUUCGUCAAUUAUGCACAAGGAUUGGUGGAAUCCUUAUGGUCGAUUGAUCAAUACUUCGAGUUCGUAUUAGUGCUUAUGUUCAGCACUGGUCUCUCUUUUCAGGUUCCAGUUAUACAAUUUCUAUUGGGACAAGUUGGUCUUGUGAGUGGGGAUCAAAUGCUAUCGAUUUGGAGAUAUGUAGUGGUUGGUUCUGUGGUUGCUGCUGCGGUGCUUACACCAUCGACAGAUCCUCUAACCCAAGUCCUUUUAGCAGGGCCUCUUCUUGGUCUGUAUUUAGGGGGUGCUUGGAUGGUUAAGCUAACUGGGCGUUGAUUCUAGUUGUGCAUUUGUAAUGUGUUGUAUUAUUAACACAGCCAUAUUGUCUGUUUAAUGUAUCAUAAUGCUGAGAAAUAUGUAUCCCAUGUCUCAGUUUCUGGUGUCCA